UUGGGCUGCAUUUGAGAGAGAGAGCCUCCCAAGCGCAAUAAUUUGCCUUUCGGAGUCCCUUUUGCAACUCCCCACGACAGACCGCCACAACACAUCUCUCUCCAUUUGAGUAGCGAAUGAAUGAGAGGGCACACUAGUAUAUACCUGGUUGUGGCGUUACUUGUCCUCGGAGCUUUGACGUCUCUCAAUGGCGGCGAGCUUUCAGACUGGAAGCUCUCCGGCAUCAUAAUCCCUGGCUUCGCUUCCACUCAGCUCAGAGCCUGGUCUAUCUUGGAUUGUCCCUACUCUCCUCUCGAUUUCAAUCCUCUUGAUUUGGUCUGGCUCGACACCACCAAACUUCUUUCUGCUGUCAACUGCUGGCUAAAGUGCAUGAUUCUAGACCCUUACAAUCAAACAGACCAUCCUGAAUGCAAGUCCCGCCCUGAUAGUGGUCUUUCUGCAAUCACAGAGCUCGAUCCAGGUUACAUAACAGGUCCUCUUUCUUCAGUGUGGAAAGAAUGGAUCAAAUGGUGCAUUGAGUUUGGUAUUGAGGCUAAUGCAAUCCUUGCUGUUCCAUAUGAUUGGAGAUUGUCACCAUCAAAGCUUGAGGAGCGAGAUCUUUACUUUCACAAGCUAAAGCUGACUUUUGAAACUGCUCUUAAACUUCGUGGUGGCCCCUCAAUUGUUUUUGCUCAUUCAUUGGGUAACAAUGUCUUCCGCUACUUCUUGGAGUGGUUGAAGCUGGAAAUUGCACCCAAACAAUAUAUUGAGUGGCUAGACAAACACAUUCAUGCAUAUUUUGCUGUUGGAGCCCCUCAUCUUGGUUCAGUUGAGACAAUAAAAGCAACGCUUUCUGGAUACACAUCUGGUCUUCCCGUGUCUGAGGGAACUGCUCGUUUGAUGUUCAAUUCAUUUGGCUCUUCAAUAUGGAUGAUGCCAUUUUCGAAGUAUUGUAGGACAGAUAGUGCAUACUGGAAGCAUUUUUCUGAUGGGAGCAAAAAGAGUCAUCAUGCAUACAAGUGUGAUGAACGUGAAUAUCAGUCAAACUAUUCUGGAUGGCCAACAAAUGUUGUCAAUGUUGAAAUCCCAUCAGUGCAAGGAGUUGAUGCUUAUCCAUCAAUCAUGGAAGUAUGUCAGGCAAAUAUGUCUAUGGAAUGCGGAUUACCAACUCAGUUAUCCUUUUCUGCUCAUGAAGUAUCGGACGGGACCUUUUUCAAAGCAAUAGAAGAUUAUGAUCCUGAUAGCAAAAGACUCUUGCACCAAUUGCACAAUUCGUAUCAUGGUGAUCCAGUUCUAAAUCCACUGGUGCCGUGGGAUAGACCGCCUUUAAAGAACAUAUUUUGUAUAUAUGGAAUAGAUUUGAAAACCGAGGUUGGUUACUAUUUUGCACCAAGUGGCAAGCCUUACCCAGAUAACUGGAUCAUAACUGAUGUCAUAUAUGAGAUUGAAGGAUCUUUAUACUCCAGGUCAGGGAAUUUGGUUGAAGGGAACCCAGGAGCUGUUAGUGGGGACGAAACGGCACCAUACCAUUCCCUCUCUUGGUGCAAGACUUGGCUGGGACCAAAAGUGAACAUCACAAGGGCUCCUCAGUCCGAGCAUGAUGGGUCAGAUGUACAAGUGCACCUAAAUGUUGAACAUCAUUAUGAAGCAGAUGUAAUCCCCAACAUGUCAAGGUCACCUAGGGUAAAGUACAUAACCUAUUAUGAAGACUCUGACAGUCUUCCUGGAAAGAGAACAGUAGUUUGGGAGCUUGACAA